AUGCAGACGGCCGACGCGGCACGCGCCGCAUUCGCCGUGUUGCAAGCUGCAUUGGCGACGCGUGGUCGUGGUGUUCCUGCUGCUGCUCUCCCUCGCAAUCUUCCUCCUCAUGCUCCCCGCCUUGUGGCUCGCUCACGCCUGGUCUUUACCGAGCUCCCCCCGUGGCAUUUCCCCGUGGCGCUGCUGAAGCUGCUUGACGAGCGCCACUCCCGGCAGAAUUCCGCGCAUAGGGGGAAGCAGCGCGGCGGCCUGGGGAAAAUGCACGCGGUGGUGUAUAGCGCGGGCUGCAAGGCGUUAGUUCCAGCUGCUGUUGCGGCCAACAGACGGCAGCGCAUGGGUAGGCUCAGGCGGAUCGGAGCGGCUAAGAGUGUUGAGGAUAUGGAAGCUGAUUUUGUCGUUGAAGACACAAAAAGGGCGAACGAGAUGGUCGGUGUUUAUACACGAGAGAUAGAGCAAGCGUCCGAGGGAUUGUCGAUGCGUGUGGAUGUGCUGAGAGCGCAUGAGGACGUGUGCCGGUUCAUAGGGCAGGGGGAGGAGGAUCUGAGGCGCGGGGGAGUUGAGGAUAAGAUGGUGGGGAAGGAUGGGUGGGAGAGCUGGAAAUGGCGCACCAAACUGGUCAUGGAUUUUAUCUAUGUGGCGAGACAAUGCCUCGCCACCCGACCCAAGUAUGUUCUGCUGCUGCAGGACGAUACUCUGCCUGCCAAGCUGUAUGAUGUUGGGAUUGAGAGGUUUGUGAAAGAGGAUCUGACCCAUAAGAGCUGGGGAGUGGUAUCGCUGUACAACCCCCAGUCAUACAACUGGGGACACCAGCAUGGGGAUGAGUAUUCUGUGCCAUGCUGUGCCCAGGCACUCCUUUUCAACGUGACUGCGUUGGAAGGUAUGCUGCAGUACAUGGAGGAGCACUUGAUGGAGACAAACAUGGAUCUUCUCGUGAACAAGUACCUGAAUGUGUCAGGCAUCAAGGGGUACGUCCACGUGCCUUCCCUGUUUCAACACCUAGUGGCGGUGCUGCGAGCGCUGGCCAAGGAGUGGGGCCGCGGGUUCAACUACUCGCGCGCGUGGUCGUCGAAGCAGCCGCCGAAGCGCUGCAUGGCGUACCCCGGGAUCAUCUGCAACGACAAGGGUAUCAUCAUCGGACUGAACGUGAGCAACACCAACAUCAACGGCACGAUCAAGGGAGUCAGCGCCCUCACCGCGCUCGCCUUGCUCGACAUGAGUCAGAACCCCAUCAAGGACGUGGCUCCCCUCGCGCCCCUCACCAACCUCGUCUACCUCAAUCUAGAGGCAUUGGACAUCGAAAAGGCACCCAACGCACUCGGCAACCUGGGCUUGCUCAAGCACCUGGACCUUGGGUUCAACGACUUUAGCGGAUCUCUCCCACCAGGCUUUGGCAACCUGAAGAACCUCAAGAAGCUAGUGUUGUCGCACGGUGGAGAUGCUCUGGGUGGCAAACUGCCCCCCUCCUUCUCCUCUCUCACCAACCUUCGGGAACUGUACAUGAACGACAAUGCCUUUGGGGGCAGCAUCCCUGCAUACAUCGGAAGCUUCCUCUCCCUCUCCUACCUCCGGCUGAGCAACAACAUGUUCUCGGGGAAAAUUCCCAAGGAGCUCUCGCGUCUCAAGAGCCUGCAGUUCCUGUCGCUGAACUACAACAAGCUGAGUGGAAGCAUCCCAGAGCAGCUGACCCGCCUGGCCAACAUCCAGAGCAUCAACCUCGAGAGCAACUACCUGUCCGGGACUCUCCCCAACAUCGAUCGCCUCAAGCUGCUCACCGACAUCAACGUGCGCUCCAACUACCUCAGCGGCACCAUCCCUCCACGCUACCUGGCCCUGCCAUACCACAGCCUGGCGUCGAAUUACUUUGUGGGCGAGGUGUCGUACAAGGCCAGGAACGGCACCUCCAUCUGCCCUUCCGAGUCCGACGUUGAUAACAACUGCCUUCGCCUCAAGUG